UUCACCUCCCAAAGUCCCGCUUUGAAGCUGAAGCAACAAUAAACUAGAUAGCAACAACAACGACGACGACGAUAAAGCGAGAGUCCGAUAAUUGCAUUAGCCCUCUGUGCAUAAAUACUCGGAAAUAGGAAGGUCUGAAUCCUUCCUGAAUCGUAAUCCAAUUCACUUACAUUUACUCAAAUAACUUACACAAGCCGAUCAAAUUUUACUUCUCAUUCAACACAGACUCUCGCAGCCGCAACUUCAAACGAAUAUAAAACUAAGACAAUAUGUGUUACCCAGUCACUCAUGUUUGCCAGGUCUGUCUGGGGCCAGUGCGUGUUGAGUCCAAUUGCAGGGGCGACUGUUUCAUCAAACGUUGCCAAACGAACUUCAUCGCGGAUGAAUACUGUGCCUUGCACACUUCCGAGGCGGGAGACAUGCCUGAAUAUCAAGAGGCACAUAUUAUAGCUACGGAGAAUUCUUAUCUCGUUGAUGAGCACAUCACUGAUAUCGCUCUAGCCGACUGGGCCGAUGUGGAUGCACCCACUGUGGACGGACCCUACGCACAAGACGUAGGUGAGUACGAGGUUCUGUGUGGCGAGGCAGCCGACAACGAAAGCACAGUGACUGGUUGGUCAACUGCUACAGCGGGGAGUACCCAACUAGGGAAGAUUUCCCGGGUCGCUGGAUACGUAAUUUCCACAAUGUCCCUUGGACACCCUCUGAGGCUGAGAUGGAAAUAGUGACGCGAUCAAUAGAGCUGGAAGGGGGGGCAACUUGGUCUGGUGAGGAGCAAGACUUCGGAUAUCCCGAAAGGUUUGCGCUCACCGAAGAAGAAGCUACGGACCAUGUCGAAGCGUCAAGCUACUAGGGUCCAUAUUAGGAGAUAAUAGAUAGAAAAGUAACUCGCUAAGGGUUACAGGAUCAAG